AUGGCACCCAGCCUCCCCUUCUCACUAAAAGACCCGGACCUGCUGCGCCAGGACUCGUACGUGCACGGCGAGUGGGUGCAGGCCAAGAGCGGCAAGCGCUUCGACAUUGUCGACCCGGGCUCAGACAAGACCUUUGCCUCGUGCCCGGACAAUGCAGUCGAGGACGUCGACGCGGCGAUCCAGUCGUCGUACAAGGCGUUCCAGGAGUACAAGGUGCUGAACCCGCGCAAACGGGCGCAACUGCUGAUGAAAUGGCACGACCUCAUCACGGCCAACAAGGACGACCUGGCGCAGAUCCUGACGUACGAGACGGGCAAGCCGCUGGCCGAGAGCGUCGGCGAGCUCGACUACUCGCUGGGCUUCACGUGGUGGUUCGCGGGCGAGGCGGAACGCAUCCAGGGAUCGGUGUUUACUCCCUCAGCGCCGAACCGACGGACGUUUGUGAUCAAGCAGCCCAUCGGCGUCGCGGUGGCGCUCGUGCCCUGGAACUUCCCCAUCGCCAUGAUCCUGCGGAAGGCCGGCGCGGCGUUCGCGGCCGGUUGCACCAUGGUGGUCAAACCGUCCCCGGAGACGCCCCUGACCUGCCUGAGCCUGGCGUACCUGGCGACCAAGGCCGGGUUCGCUCCGGGCGUGUUCAACGUCCUGACCACCAGUCUCGAGAACACGCCGUCGCUCAGCGAGGCCAUGUGCGUGCACCCGCUGACCAAGAAGGUGACAUUCACGGGAUCCACGCGCGUAGGCAAGAUCGUUGCGGGACUGUGCGCCAAGAACCUGAAAAAAUGCACCCUCGAGCUGGGCGGCAACUGUCCGUUCAUCGUCUUCGACGACGCCGACCUCGAACAGGCCCUCGCGCAGUUCAUGGCCCUGAAAUGGCGCCACGCGGGCCAGGCCUGCAUCUCGGCCAACCGCCUGUACGUGCAGUCCGGGGUGUACGAGAAAUUCACGCAGAUGCUGGUCGAAAAGACAAAAACCCUCAAGGUCGGCCACGGCGCCGAAAAGGGCACCACCAUGGGUCCCGUCACCACCCCUCGAGGUCUCGCCAAGGCACAAGAACAGGCCGCCGACGCGGUCAAGCACGGCGCCAGGCUUUUGUUGGGCACGGGCAAGGCGCACAAGGGCUCCACGGCGGACGAGGGCGCGGGCGCCGGAAAGGGCGUCGGCGGAUACUUCAUGGACCCGACCAUCCUGGCCGACAUGAAUGAGGAGAUGCUGCUCGCCAAAGAGGAGACGUUCGCGCCCGUCACGGGUAUCUUCAAGUUCGAGAAGGAAGAAGAGGCCGUGAGGUGGGCCAACGACACGUCCAUGGGCCUGGCCAGUUAUGCGUUUACAAAGAACGUGGAUCGUCUGUGGAGGAUGCUGGAGAACUUGGAGGCCGGUAUGAUUGGAUUGAACACCGGCAACUCCUCCGCCGCAGAGUCCCCCUUCGGCGGCAUCAAGGAGAGCGGCUACGGCAAGGAGUCCGGCAAGGACGUCGCCGUCAACGAGUACCUGAUCUCCAAGACGGGCACUUUCACUAUUGAUGGGCAGUAUUAG